AUGGAGGAACAAAUGACAUUUAGUCACGACGAAACAGACGAUCUUGAUGAUGAGCCACAAGAUUCGUAUCCAGAUGAAGAGGAUGACGAUUUGGUUGAUGUGGAAGAUGAUUCGGACGAUUCUGAUACUGCACUCUCUCAUGCUUUUCGUGAGGCAGCAGUACCGGAGGUAGUAGAAGACCACGACGAUGAAGACGAUGAAAAGGAAGACAGUGUGGAAGAAGCAGAUGACGAUGAUACUGAAGCAGAUGAGGCAGAUGACGAUGAUACUGAAGCAGAUGAGGCAGACGACGAUGAUACUGAAGCAUACGAACAACGGCUUGCUGAAGCGAUAGAUGCAUUGCCAGACGAAGAAGAUUUAGAAGUAGUCGUCCCACCGCUGGAAUUACCUUCGUUGGAAGUUGAGCUUCUCCGACCACAGGAGCGAGAUAAUCUCGCUUAUGCAGAUGCUAUACAAGCCUACUAUGAGGAGAAAGAUUAUCAACGCGCAAUCGAAAAAUUCGGAGAGGCUAUAGAAGACGAAACCCAGCGCACGGACGGAAGUGUGACAGAUGCCAGUUCGAUUGUAGUGAAAGCGAUGUACUGGCAAGCAGAAGCACGUAUCAAGAACAUCACCUUUCGUUAG